AUGUACAAGCCAACAUCUCUCCAUGUCAUCAACCUGCCUAAUCCGGUAGAGCCUCAGUCUGUUCCGCAGAAACAUCCUUUGAAUGGUACCGCGCCACGAGCACCCGGACGUACCUCCAAUGUUGUCCGUCUGCUUCACUGUGACAAUGCACUGACGCCCGAAGAGCGACCGGCUAAACGCAGAAGAUCCGGCGAUGCGCAAUCCCUUAACUUGCCAAAGCUGCCCGUCAGGCACGCUCAGAAACGCUUGAGGAUCCCACCAACCCUCAGUGGUCUUCAUCAGCCCCCGCCAGAUGCCGGUUUGUUGCCUUCAAUCUCGACAGCGCAACCUGUCCAGCCGCUAGAGUCAUCCAUAGCAGACCGCCGCCAAGACGAUCCCAUCGAGGAGGCCAGCGGACCGGUCGCUGGCGCUGUGUCCGUUGGCGAGGCUCAGGCUAUUGCAAAGCCUGUUCACUCCUCAAAGAAGCACAGAUGGUCGCCCGAUGAGACAUCAUGCCUGCUUCAAGGUGUUGCUAGGUUUGGUGUCGGAAGCUGGACGAAAAUCCUUCAACAUCCGGAAUACCACUUCGACCGGCGAACUGCCCUCGAUUUGAAGGAUCGCUUCCGUGUCAUUCGUCCUGACGAUUACCGUGAGCUGCGAGGCCAACAGAAACCGCUUGACCCGCAGACACCCCGGGUGGUUGCCAAGCCGACAAAGACCCGACCAACCCGCUCAGCUCAGAAAUCCAAUGUCGAACUUGAAACUUUGGGUAUUGUUGAGCCUUUCGCAAGGUCUAAACGCCGAAGACGUCAUGGGUACAGCAGAGCGGAAGACGAAGCACUCUUGCAAGGCUUUGAGAAGUAUGGAAACCAGUGGGCUCAGAUUCGUGAAGAUGGGGACCUUCACUUGAGCCACCGAACAGCGACUGACCUGCGCGAUCGUAUGCGAACAAAGUACCCGGAGCAGUACCAAACUGCAGGUCUUGCACCAAGACCUACCGUCUUCCCUAAGCCACCAAAGCGUGGCGCGGACCAUGGCGGGACCAAUACUGACGAGCCUGCAGUAUCUGCAAGCGCCGCUAGGGUCGACAAGCUGGCUGAACCGCCAAAAGAGCCAGUGAUGACCAAGGCAAUACCUACCGCCAUGCAAUCACGGGCUUUCUUCCUCCCAGAUGAGGACGUCUUCUUCGGCCUGCCCUUCGAGGCAGAUGACCGAAGAGAGAAAGAGCCCGUGACGCUCGACCGCGGCAUUCUGGCCUACGCCGCGUCGGAUCACAAUCUCAAAGUUCCAGCUACGGCAGGCAUCGAUCCUCGUGUGACCUUGAACGUGCCCUUGAAGUUAGCUAAGUCUGGCGGCUCUGCCCUGCCAUCUCUUGCGGCCAUGACCUCGUUUGACGGCCAGUCGUCUAUAGCAGACCAACUUGAGCUGCCGUCGCUCAUGCUUGGGCCUAGUGAAGACGGAAGGACAGGUGGACACCUACUUGGCAUUGAUGAGCUCUUGACUUAA